AUGGUACCACAUUUGCCCUCCGAAUUACUGCAAAAAAUAUUUUCCUAUAUAUCGCCGGAAGACGCUAGAACUCUUCAUGCUUGUGUUCUCGUGAAUCGCCAGUGGUGCAGGAAUGCCAUGGGACUACUAUGGUCGAAUCCCUUCCUCACAUCCUCUUCACCAAAGAUUAUUUCAACCUAUGUGUCUUUUCUCGCUGACGAUGUAAAAACAAGAAUGGGCAUCGUGGAAUCAGUGCCUUUGGAACAUUCUCUGUUUGAUUAUCCAGCAUUCCUCAGGGAAUUUGAUUUCAUGUGUGUGAAUCGUGCAGUAUCGGCAUGGUUUUCGAGUAGAAAAACAACAUCGAAAGAGGAAAACCUGUGCAACUCAAAUUAUACAAGUGACAAUGCAAAUUCAACUUCGGCAUCCCUGUUCUUCAAAACCGCUCAGGAAAUUUGCAAGUUCCUCUUAACUCGGUCUCGACACAUAAGUCGUUUCACUAUCGAUGUGGCUGAAUUCGACUUAUCCACCGACUUAUUGUGCUAUUUGUGUCAGACGACCAUAAACUCGGCUGAAAUCAAUCUAUCUAGAUUGGGUGAUCUCACAUUUUCCGGGAAUUUCAACAAGUCAGAGGUAUUGCAUGCAUUUGGGAAGAUAUCCCGAAAUAUUCGUUCGCUCACCAUAAUCGAAGAUGCCCGAGAAGGUCCAUAUACCCAGAGGGUCACCCCUAUACAGCCUAUGGCCGCUUUCAUCACCGCUCAACAAAAACUAGCGGAAUUCACUUUGGAACGUUGUAUUCACUUCGCCGGUAUCUUGCCCGCAUUAGCAACUCAAAAAGCCACUCUGACGCAUGUGGUUUUUCGGAAUUGUUGGUUCUGCAACGAUAUAAUAGGCGAUGCAUUGUCGAACCUCCAGGUGUGCAAGAAUUUAGUUUCACUUCGAUUCGAUCAAUGUUUCGCAUUAACCAAUAAUGUAUUGAAACCACUAUCGGAAGUAAGAUACCCUAAGCUGGAAUGUUUCGAGUAUUCACCACACUUUUGGUCAUAUUCAGAACGGGAUCGUUUCGGCAGGGAGCUACCGAAGAAUGAGCUUUCUUCGUUCCUAUCCAUCAACGGACCAAAUCUAAAGGAACUCAAGUUAGGUAAUAUGUUCCAUUUUUGUCCUGAACUCAUCGAAGAUAUCGUGUCAUAUGGGUCGAAUUUACGAAUUCUUGAGGUCAGCACGAAUAACCUUGAGGAACAAAUAUUUCCGAUAUUGUUGGCAUGUAGACGCCUCGAAAGAUUAACCGUUCCAAAAGUUUCAUGGACAUUUCGGUGUGACGCGGACUACUUACUGCCAGAUAUUGGGCGUCAGAUGCCAUCUAGCUUGUAUCACUUGGAUUUACGGGGAUGGCCAUUUGCUCCUUCGGGAUUGAAAUCUUUCUUGCAGGAAUGUGGGAAGCAGAUUAAGUUUCUUGCUUGGAAUGACACAAAUUCUAUUAGCCGAUAUUCAGGUGUCGUCAAGGAAUAUUCUAAGAUUCGGAUGCAGAGUGCAAACGAUGAGAAUAAUAAUCCCUAUGUAUUUCUUAAAGCAAUUCGCGAAUCGAAUUGA